UGGGCGGAAUCGGUGUAAUAGUGUAGAUGUCGCUUCGAAAGCUUUCCAAAAAAUUAUCCAUUUGUGUUUUUCUCAUGACUUUAAUUUUACAAAAAGGCGUCGAAAUACAUGUCCCCAGAGUCUUGCAUUAAUGGUAAUGCAUGCUAGAAAACUUCAACGUAGCGAUGGGUAUUUCGAUAAACAUCCCCAUCCUCAUCCCUACCAGAACUCAAAAUAUAAGAGAGAUUAUGAAAGAGAGGCUAGUAGAUCAAGCAGUUAUUUGCGCGACAGGGAUUCAUCGCCGUCUGGUGGUGCCGGAAGUGGAAAUAGCUCCUUGAACAAUGGUAAUGCAUUGUCUGAUCAAGUCUACUAUCCUCAAAGAGAGACAUCUAGCACACAAAACAUUAUGGCUCAACCUCCGGACAAUCUUUCAGGCAACAACUCAUACAGAUUUGCUUCCCCGGAUUUGGAUUCUCCGCCCCGUGAGAAUCGCUAUCGUGAUUCAGACCGAUGCACAAGUUUUGUAAUGAGAAUGCGGGACAAGGAGCGUGAUCGGGACUCCUACAAGAAGGACAAAUAUAUAGAUUGUUUGCGAUCUCCAAAGGACAAACGGGAUCGCCGCGAUCGUGAUUCUGAGCAUCGAACAAAUCACGAUCGAAUUGAUCAGUCGCGUCGUUCAUCGAAGGUGUGUGUGAGUGGAAGUGGUGGGAGCAAUCAGUCGGAAAAGCGAUCGGGAUCAAAUGAUCGGGAUCGGGAUCGUGACAGGGGUGAACGCGAUCGGGAACGAAUAACGCGUGUGGGUGACUGGAGUGAGCACACAUCGUCAUCGGGCAAGAAGUAUUACUACAACUGCAAGACGGAGGUGUCACAGUGGGAAAAGCCACGUGAGUGGGUGGAACGUGAAAGGGGUGGACUGAAAGAACAGCCACAUGCGCGAAGUAGUGACUAUCGUGACAAAGAUCGAAGUGAUCGUGAUGAUCGCUUCUCGCGAUCGUCGUAUGGCAAACAUUCCAGUUCCCGCAGCAGCAGCAGUCGGAUGCGCUGGCAACAUGAAUCGUCCGAUGGUCAUCGACGACGUCACGAUGACAGUCAGGAUAUGGAUAUCAGUCCGGGUGAUUCAACGCCCACCUCCGAGGGCAACUACUCACACUCCAGCACACCCACGACGCAGCAACCGCAGCAUCAUCAUCACAAUAGCGAUGGGGUUGUGGGUAGUGGCAGUGGUGGUGCUGGUGUUGGAGGGGGCGGCGGCGGCGGUGGAGGAGGGGGAGCAUCUGGGGCUAUGGGAGCCAAUGCUUUGCCUCGACUGGCCACCCAUCAACCAGUGACACCCACCAAUUCCCACUUGCAGCCGCAUUUCACAAUCCCAUCGUCCAGUACUCUGGCCCUCAGUACAGCUACUGCCACGAGUGCUGCUGUGGCGGGGCUGAAGAUGAAGGAUCACCAUCAUCUCAGCUCUAUGCCGGUGUCUUCGCCCUCAGCAUCAGCCGCAUCGUCGGCCGGACUGUGUCUGUCACUCACAAGUAGUGCAGUGGCAGCACAGAGCUCGGCCACGGGUGGUGGUGAUAUUGUGAUGAACUCCAACACACCGGGACCACCGCCAGUGUCACUGGCCAAUCUGCCUAAGAUCCUGUCCCAGAUCACUGGCAACAAGACAUUGGAUCAGACCGAGCUCAAUCCCCAGAAGGCACUGCAGACCAUCAACAAUGCCCUCAUGAUGUCGUCGCGGCAGCAGCAGCAUCAUGUCUCCAUUGCUGGAGAUGGUAGCAAUUCUAACAACAUCAGGGAGCACGUUCUGAAUUCUCCACUUUAUAACCUCCCACACUUGCAUACAAUGUCCCUUCUCAAUCACACGGCGUCCGGGAGUGUUUUCAGCAGUGCAAUGACCCAAGUAUCCCAGGGUGUAACAGGAAGCGCCGUUAAAAUAGAUACAAGUGGAAAUAGUUUAGUAAUGGGCGAAGGACCUCCGACGCCAACACAAGAAAUGGAUGUUUUAAAUUCUGAACACAAAAAGAUGGAUGGAACAUCAUCGGCCACGUUAAGUAGUCUCCAAGGAGUGACGUCACAAGUGUCUAGAACACUAGGGCCUAGUUUAACACCAAGUCUCGCAAAUUACUCAAGGGCAGAUUUAAUACAGCAUGUGACAAAUUGGCCAGCAGAUUUACUGGAGAAACAGGGACAAAAGUGUUCGGAAGAGACUCACAUUUUGGGGGAUCUGCAGUGUACGAAGAUAUCUGCUGAUUUGAAAAUUGCCCGAAGUAUAGUUAGAAUCACAGAAAUACAAUCAACAUUGCAUGAACAAAAAAUAAUGUAUUUACGACAACAAAUUCGACGAUUAGAGGAAUUAAAAUCACAGAAUUCAUUUAUGUCUGACGAUCUUUAGCCUCCUUAAUUUAUAAAGGUUAAGAAUAAAAAAUUAUGGAAAACAAAGAAAAAAUACUAAUAAUUGUAAGAAUUAUUGGAUAAACAUAAUUAAAAACGUUUUAAUAGUGUGACAAAGGCACAAUGUCCAUUGUAUUUCUUCACACAUGUUCAAAAACGAUUGAGGCAAAAGGUAAGAAAGAUUUUUAAGAAAAAAAGGACUGGAAGAUACAUGCUUUACAGCAGAUAAAUUGUACGGAAAAUUUUACUAAAGAACAAAA